AUGAAGUAUGGCGCAACUCUCCGCCAGCAUUCUAUACCCGCAUGGGCGCAUCACAACAUCGACUAUGAUGACGUGAAGCACUACAUCAAGGAGAACACAACCGCGGGCAACGGCAACAGCAUUUCUAUACCAGGAGCCGGUGAUGUCAGGGGAAAAGAACUCGAGGACAAUCUGUCCGGCAUCCUGCAACAACAACAUCAACGAAUCAGUUUGUUCGUCAGGAGCAAGACGGGUGAGAUUGAGAGGCGGCUGGACCACCUCCGCAAGCAGACGACGUUGCUCUCUUCCAAACCCGCCGUCAAUGGUCGCAUACCUGCGAGGCGACUCGAGAAGUAUGGUCGUCUCGAGUCCGAUAUCCUCAAGGCCGGAGACGAACUACAAUGCCUAUCGCGCUUCUCAAAGGCACAACAAACCGCUUUCCGCAAGCUCCUUAAGAAACACAAGAAGUGGACUGGAUCUACGGACCUCGAGACGGAAUUCAACAGACAUGUUCUCGGCAAUCCCGAAAGUUUCACCAACAUCGACUUGAACCCUCUUUAUACUGAAUACGAAGAUACCCUUUCCGCAUUGAGAACCCUGUACCACGAGCGAAUUAGUGGGGCACCCGACAAGCCCUCGGUCGACGCUGGCACGCAAGAUAGCUCGGCACAAAUCCGAUCUAUCCUCGAGUCGAGCUCGUCUGUCGAUUUUGACUCCUACCUCUCCACAUCACCUCUCGGCCGCGGUGGCAAGAACGCCGUCUACUGGGUACAUUCGGACAACAUCGUGGAGCUUCAGAUUCUGAUCUUGCAGCAUGCUCAAUCAUUCCCAACCCGGACAACAUCUUCGGCAACCGUUUCUCCUACGUUAUCUCGUCACAACAGUAUGACCUCCUCGAGCGACAGGAGAAACAGCACUGCUGUCGAAGCCGACACUACUUUGCUUGUUGCAGACGACCUUGAAAGUUUCAUUGCGCACCAGAGCUCGUCCACAUUUGAGAAACGUGAGGAGACUGUAGGGAGCCGUCUCCAGGAGGCAGCUGUCCAUGCGAGAUGGACCAAGACAGAAGACGCUAUUGUUACUGCUCAAAUCAACGACCGUGAUGUUCAGAGGGCCUCCAUCAAACGCAAGAAUGUUUUCGCCAUACUCGACUCCUCGUCUACCACAUCGCCGCGCAAGUCUUCUGUCACUCAGGAUAAGAACUUCGAAGCCGCUGAAAAUAUGCGCACCUGGAUCGGUCAGCAGGGGACCAUCAAUCCUCUCACUACUAUUGCUUCGAACAGGUCUCGCUUCGCUGGAACAGCCACUGAUUCGAGCGGGUUCAUCCUCGCCACUCUGGACAAGAAUAUUCGUAUGAAGAAAGCAGAAUUCUUGACAAAUUCUGUUGAGGAUGCGUUCUCUCAGAACAUGAGUGCGGAGUUCCCCUUCGCGGUGCUUCGAGUAAGGCAAGAAGGGUUUCCCAACAGCACCCUCAUCAAGGUUCUGGAUCAGAGCUAUCUUGUCGAGCGAGUUCGUGGCUUCUCACUUGAGUACCACUCCGUAUGGUAUUGCUGCCAGCCUGAGAAUGUCGUUCCUCCAUUCUGGGUUCCAUUGAUGCAAAAAGAUAUUCGCAAAGUUCCCACCGCGGCAAGCAGACGUAGAGCGUACAACAACGACUCCAGCUAUGGUUCACAAUCCACUACACCUCAAAUGUCAACAUCGACCGGAUCUGUAGGUGACCGCACUGGUGACCUGACUGCAGUUGAAGAACAAUCACCUCCGCGAAUCCAGAUUCCCGAUCAGUUGGCGACGCCUCCUCUCAGUGCUUUCCGCAAGAAGAGAAAGUCUGCUUAUGGCAGGGCCGGAAGUGCUCUGCCAAAGCAAGCAUACUGGAGCGAGUACGAUGAUCCUUCUGGCUCAGAGGAUGAGGGUGCUUAUGUCUUGUACAUUGAUCCGAACGAAGUAUCGUCUGCCACUAAGACAUGGCGCCGCAUCCGCAGUCUCUGGUCCAGGAACAAGCCUUCUGACCAAGAAGCCCUGCUUGGGCACGAUGGUACCAACGAGCAAGGUAUGGUAGAGGAGUCGGUCACUUCGUCAGACGACGAGGCACAUACCCCUCGACGUACUCAACGCCGCUCCUAUGGAACAUUGAACAAUUCUUCAGGUCAAGUUGCUGGAUACAACCCGCAAGUACACCACCAAUAUUCCGACUGGGUUACUCAGAUGUCGGCGACAUGCUUGAUUGCAUCGAUACUUUUACUCUGCAUUGGCUAUAUACUGGUAGCUACUGGUAAGAGAAAGUUAGCUUCCGAAGUCGAUGCCGGCGUGGUGUUGGCAGUUGCUUCGAGUUUGGCCUUUGCCGUUUCUGGCGUGGGUGCUGUCUUUGGUAGACGGACACCCCGCUGGCCGGUUGCCACGUUGGUCAUUGGAAUCCUGGUCGCAGACGUCGCAGCAGCGAGUGUUCUUCUCACCUGGGCCUUUGGUUGA